AUGAUGAGAGAUGCAGUAAGCUUGGAUGUAUGGCGUCUUGUACUUGAGCUGUGCACCACUCAGGAUUUGUGCCAGCUCUGCUUGGUCGACAAGGUCUUUAACUCCAUUGCGACACCUCUUUUGUAUCGAUCUAUCUCCCUGGUGGCUUAUAAGGAUCCUUCUGAACGCCGCCACUUGUCAACAUCUACAGAAGCGAAAACGGAACCGGAAUUGCCGAGAGGUCCUUGGCUUCUACUAUCUCGACUGGAAGACGACGCAAAUGACACCUUACGAGCCUGGGUACAGGACAUUAACGUUUCGAGUCCCUCCUUUGCUUGGGUAGACGCGAAAUUCCUAAAACGCCUCCAGAUCAAUGAUUGCUUGGCUGCACUGGUUGCCCGUCUGCCAAACCUUCGAAGGAUCACCAUAGGCUUUCCCAGUAUUCAAUCGACAACUUUGAUUCGUACCAUUUGUGAACAUAGUAGGAAGCCAGAACUUCUCCUACUGGAUCAGAAAAGCGAGGAUAAAAUCUCCAGCCUGGCGGAGCAGGUUUUACCCUGUGUCACGACUCUCUCUGCCUCUGUGGACCCAAGCUAUGACCAGAACGGGCCAAAUCGGCAGAUUCUCACGUUGCAAAAGUUGUUUUUCAAAUGCCCACACCUACGGUCAUUCUCGCUUUCUGUCGUAAAACAAUAUGGUGGUUGUGUUAUAAGGAUGCCUCGGCAUCCUGUCAUAUGGAGCUUUCAGCUUACAGGCGAAGAAACUUUCCCGCCACUUGAGCAUCUCUCCCUCGACGGAUACUGGUUGGACGACAAGCAGUGGAAAUAUUGGCGUGAUGGGCUUCAGUGGGACAAGUUGGUAUCACUCGCUGUAGGACCGCAGCGUUGCGCUGGCCUGUUCCAAAUGUUAGCCGGGCAUGCUACGUCACUGAAAAGUCUUAAUGUGUGUAGCUGGCAAGGCGAGGGCAAGUAUGAGCGAGAGGGACUUAUCGAACUCCUUUCGUCCUUUGAUUCUCUGGAAACUCUGGUUUUGAAAGGGAUCAUGUGCCCAGUUGAGGCAAUUGCUCGUCAUAGUAACCUAUCUACUCUGUGCCUGCACGAAGAAGAAUCUGCCUCCACGGCGCAUCCGCGACAAGUCCUAACUGCGGAGGAGCUCAGCCACCUCGAUGUUAGCUGUCCCAAACUGAAGUCACUGCAGGUGGGAGUCAAGAGAGAGAACGAUCAAUGGCCCAACGACGUCUUCGACAAACUAGCAACCGGUUUCCACAAUCUCAGGAGCCUAUCUAUGCACUUUGAAUUAGGUCUCCUCGACAUACAAAACCCCAUCAAGCCUGUUAUAAACUAUGCCUCCGUGAGAAGCAUCGGCCAGCAUUUCUUCGACCGUAGAAGGCAGGCGGGCAUUGAAGUAUCCGACUCAUUCAUAUUGACCGUCUGGACAGGCAAAUACUUCCGACGCUUCCCGCAGUGGCCACCAAGCUACGCCAGUUUCGAGAAGAAAUUUUCAGCGACUUACCAGAUAUGCUUGCCGAGUGAUUCCUCCGGUGAGGUCAGAGUCCGCCAUUUGGAGAAAGAGCAAUUGGACCUGCUCGAGAAGAAGAUCAACGUCCAUCCGUACGAGAGAACACGUCUUGCUCAACAGGUUGCCGCAGCCGUGGAAGGCCCAAAAAUUGAGAAUGACGAGGGACAAAGAAAUCCAUUUUCUGGUAAAGCUCAUCGUAGAAUCGGAGGUACUGCCUAG